AUGGCACGCGCCCCGCUCGCUGCCCCGGGCCAGCUGCCCUGCUGGGGGAAAAGAAAGGACCCCGGGGCCGGGCGCGGGCGGUGGGGAGAGCCCCGGCUGGGGGUCUCGGCGCAGCACCCCGCGGGGGGCCCGGCCGCGGCGCAGACAAUAGCCCAAGCGGAGCCCCCACGCCCGGUCCACAGCAGCCGGGCCGGAGCGGGGCCGCGGCCGGGGAGCCCUGCUUCCCGAGGCCCCUUUGUUGCUCCAGAAGGGAGGCAGGAAGUGGGUGCGGUGGGCGGGGCCAGGCGCGGGCCCCCUCCUCUUCCUCGCCCCGGCUCCAGCUCCCGCUCGGCCCCGGCCGUGGGGACAGGCCGCGGGGAGGAGGGCGGCGCGACUGGGGCUCCCCCCGGGACGCGGCCCCGGCGCCCCCCGCGCGCCCCCGGGGCGGACCCGCCUUCUCAGCCCGGGGGCGGCGUCCCGGGGGGCCCGGGCCUGGACGCGCCAGCGGGAUGGGGCUCCCGCGGCCCCAGCCCUCCAGCGCCGGGCUCAGGGACGCGGUCGCCGGGGACCUGCUCACCCCCAAACCAGCGGCCCCCGCCAAGCGCUGGCCGCGGCCGCCCCCUCCCCCAGCUCCGGGGAUUUGAACGCAAACAAAGCGGCGGCGCCGGGAGCGUGGCGGAGCCCGGCCUGCGGACGCCCCCUGCCGGCCCCGGCCCCACGCGGGAAGGGGGGCGCGUCGGCUCCCCCAGCCCUCCCGCCGCCCGUACCCGAGGCCGGGGCCGCACCCCGCGGCGCGCUCCGAGGACCCGCCCGCGCGGCGGAGCCCCCAGCCCCAGGCCCUCCCAGCGCCGAGGAAGCGGGGGCUCAGGCGGGGCGCAGGCAGGGCGCCCCCCUCUCGUGCCCAGCCCGAGCUGCCGCUGGGGGUGCCGAGGCGCUCCGGGACGGGGCGGCCCGGCUUGGAUCGCGGGCCUGGCUUUCCUCCCCGGCGGAACGGGGGGCCGCGGGGGUGGGGAGCCGCGGGCGGCCCGGGGGCCUGGCGGGGAUGCCGGCCGCGAGGGGGUCCCCGCGCCCCACCGAGCCCGCACCCCGUCUCCGGACCCCGCGGCCGCCCCGCGCCGGGCGCACCCCCGCAAGGCAGCCCGCGGCGGGUGGCGCAGCGGACCCUCGAGAGGACAGCUGUCCCCGCCGCUGUCCCGCCCGCACCCCGAGAUCCCCGCCCGGCGCGCGCGCGGCGGCCCCGGCCCGAGCCCGGGGACAAAGCGGCGGCCGCCGCGCCCCGCAGCCCCGGCCCCGCUCACCAAUCCCGUGCGCUCAGGUCCCUGGGCGCCGCCUGCGCCCGCCCCGCCGCCGCCCGCCCUCGGUCCCGGCUCGGCUCUGCGCCCCGGGCUCGGGCUCCCCGCGCCUCCGCUCCGGCUCUGUCUCCGCGGCCUCCGCCGCUCCCCGCCCCCUCCCCUGACGUCAGGCGGGGAUGGGGGGGUCGAGCGGGGCCGGGGCGGGACCCACAGGCCCGCCCAGGAGGGGCUGCGACCCGCCGCGACCCGUCGCCCCGGGCUUGGGAGCCGCGGGCUGCGCCACGGCGCCGGGAGGAGGGGCGGGGAGCGCUCCCGGGCGUCGCCGCGGGGCCCUCGGACUCACCCCGUCUUCCCGAAGUGUCCCCCGAAGGCCUUCCGCGGGCCCGGCGGCUGCGCUUGGGGUCGCAAAGGGGGCCGGGGGCUUCCCAAGUUGGGGUUACGGGGGCGCGAGCGGGCCAGCCACCUCGGGGUUCAGCGUUCGGGGGAUGCGCGCUGGGGAAACCGGGGCUUCUCUUCCCGCAAUCAGAGCGGCUGGAACGGUCCUCGCCCACCGGGAAGACCCCCCGCCAAGUCUCCAGAGCCGGCCAGGCCGUUCGUUGUCGCUGUCCAGGGAAGGGCCGGGCGCCCCUCGGGUCGCACAACGCCGACCGCAGGAGGUGACUCUCGGAGCCCGAGGAGGCUGGACAACAAGUGGCCGAGCCCUGACGUUCAGGCGCAAGGGGCCGAGGGGAACCGCGCGCCAGCACCGCCAGCCUCCGCCCACAGCCUCUCGGAGAAGCCACUGGUCGCUCCGGCCCCCUGGGCGGUGCUGGAGUGGCCUGUCUCCUGCCAAGCUGGUCCUCAGAGCCGGGCAGGAUGUGCCAGCAGCUCAGGCCAGGCCCUAGAGCUGGGCCCAGGAGUCCCGGCUGAAAAGCCAGUGGCGCCCCAUCCUGACCUGACCCCGAGCCACGGUGCCCCUCAUUCGGUGCUCACCCCCCACCUCUCGCAAAGGCAGCCUUCUGCCGGGAGGCCGGCCCAGGGUGCGGACUGGGGCCCUCUCAUCACCCUUCAGGUGGCUGAGGAUGGAGCCCACGUCCCCACUCUUAUCUCGGGAUCAGAGGCAGAACUGACACCACUGAGACCUCGGGGGGCCUCGGCCAAGGGGGCAGGUGGUGCCGCCAGGGACAGAAACCAGAACUCUCCGUCAGGCUGUCUGUGCUCCGUUCGCACCCGCCUGGGUGUCUUCCACCUAUCACUUAGCAGCGGCCCCGAGGCAGAGGCUUUCUGUGGGGACCCAGCCCUGUCCUCGGUGCACUUGGGUGCUGAAUAA